AUGGGCCUCUGGCUUGCCGCCUCGUAUCAACCCUGGGUCAACUUAUAUAUGUUUAUUUAUCAACUCUGCGUCUAUCCCGAAUGGCAAGGAACCCUCCAUGAAGAGAUCAAAUCAAAUGGAGACAGGCUGGAUAUUGAUAGCAUUGAUGAUCUGCCUCUAUUAGACAGUUUCAUGCGUGAAUGUGCAAGGUUUUACUGUCUAGAUAAACUUGCUAUCCGCCAAAAGGCCAUGGAGAACUAUACCUUUGCUUAUAGAGGCACUAUAGCACCAGCAGGAGCUACCAUCUGCGUUUCUAACUGGGAUGCAACCCGUGACUCGGAUACGUAUCCCAAUCCCGAUAGCUUCGAUGGAGCUUGCUUUGUGAACAGGAAUUCCAAUGAUCGAACUGCCAAGUUUGGGGAUGUCUCGGAAAAGCAUCUGAUAUGGGGCUAUGGAUCACUCGCUUGGUGA